AUGAAUUAGGAAUAAAGUGAAUUUUAGUAUGACUAUCAACUCGACUUUGAAUAUAUAGGGAAUUGCAGAAUUACCUAUGAAAACUACACUCCUGCAUCAGAAGAGGAUGUGAAACUCAGUGAUUUGGAUCCAUAAUUUUUAGAUGAUUUCAAAAUUCAAGACGAUUCUAAAUAUUUUUUAUAUAAAGUAGAACCAGAUGAUUCUUAUUUUGGUCUUGAACUUAAAUUCAACGUCAGAAGUGCAGAUUAAUUGAUGUAAAUUAAUGAAAUUUCAGAAAAUUCCUUAUAUGAGGGAAUAACCAUAAAAAUACCAAGAAAAUAAUCAGUGCCAAUUUAUGAGUAAAUUAUAAACUAGGAGGAGAAAUAAGAAAACUUAUUGGACUCGUUUUAAUAAGCAUCAAAUAAAUUUUUCGACAUUAAUUAUGUUACAAAUUUAGGAUACAUUAAGGGAUAAUUAACAGUUCAUGAAGACGUAUUGUUUUUUUAUCCUGAUUACAAUAAUCUAGGCAAUGAAAAAAUAAUGUAGGAGGCAAAACUAAAGAAUGUGUAAUAAUUGCAAUUUUAAAUAUUAUUAAAAAAUGUCAUAAAGGUAACAAAGAGGGAUUUUCCAGCAUUUAUUUAACUAAGUAGCAAAGAGAUCUUUAGGAUGCAUUUGAUAGAAAUACACCUAUAAACUAAGCGGUCCAAAGUUGCUUUAAUAUAAUUAAUUGAUGUUUCAUAAUUAAGUGAAUUGAUGGAUUCAAUUAAUUCUGUGUUGGCAUCAUACUUUCCUCCGACUCCAAACAAAAUAAUAGAGACUCCAACCAAGCCUUAAUUGAAAACUAUACUUCCUUUUUACUAUAACAAUGAUCUAAAAUUAGAAUAAAGCAUUCAAUUAGCAUUUGAAAAGCUGAUGGGUUCGAAUGCAUUCAUUUCUUACUUAGAAUCAGAAUCUGAGAUUAUCGAUUAGAAUCUUUUUAUGAAGGUUGCCUGUUAUAUUCCUGCUAUCUUUAAAUCCCAAAGAUGGAAUAUAUUGUACUCAUCAACAUUGCAUGGAUCAUCCAUUAAGACUCUGAUGAGAAAUACUUAAUUUAGUCAACCUGUAAUUAUGUUUGUUAGAGACUUGCAUAAAUAUGUAUUUGGAGCCUAUUUAUCUGAUGGGAUUUAAAAAAGUAAAGAUCAUUUCUAUGGAACUGGGGAAUCGUUUUUGUUUACAUUUAAGAAUACCUAAUCCUUAACUGUUUAUAAUUGGAUAAAUUAGAAUAAUUUUAUAACUUUAUGUGAUGAGAAUGGAUUAGCGAUUGGAUGUGGUGAUAAAUAUGGGUUGUAUGUGGAUUCUGAGAUAUAUCAUGGAUAUUCUCAUUAUUGUGAAACUUUUGGAAAUGAAGUGUUGUCUAGUAAAGAGAAUUUUGUAAUCGAUAGAAUGGAGAUAUGGGGAAUAUAUUAAGGUUGA